AUGAUCUUAGUGGUCUACAUCCUAUUCUGCUCAUUGCUACUAAAUCUUGUUCGCUCUUUACCCACAUCUGAUUCUCUAUUCAAUGGUUCUGGAAUCUUCAACCCAUCAGCGAGGUCCGGCCUUCAAACAUCUCCAAAAUCUUUCUCCACGACCACCGCAAUGAUGACCAUGUUCACUACUACAACCGUGUUUCUCACUCAAACGGUUACUUCUAGCACUGCUAGCAGCACUUUAGACCUUCCGACAACAGCAGAGGAGUCAGGCUCACCGAUAUCAACGGGCUCAGUCUUGUCGCCAGCCUCUAGUGCUUCAUAUACGUCCUCUAGUACGACCGUGGCUUCGACAUGGAUCAUGCCUGCUCAGAUCACCAACAUCGCCCAAGCUUUCAAUAUCACAAAAUUUGGGGACAAUCAGAGUAACUCAAAAAUUGUCAAUCAGAUACCCGCUAAUGCAAGCGCAAGCGAAUCCUCUUCACCAAACGUUCUAUCAAGUACCGAUGUGUUAUACGUACCAAUAGCCUCACCUUCCGCUCUUGGCCUUCGAUUCCCGUCUCCCGGCCUUAUCCAGAUACCCUUUGAAAACCAUAGUGAUAGUGGGACGUCAAGCUCAAGCCCGGAUGACCACCAGUCAAGCUCUCAGUCUGUAUUACAGAUCUUCUACCCUCAAGGUUCCAUAAAUCCCGCCAACGCCCCCCGAGGAGGUUCCCAAUUUUAUGCCUCUCCAAUUGACAUCUCCUCUGCACGGAACGUCACGUUCUCGUACGGCGUUUUCUUUCCUGUCAACUUCGAUUUCGUAAAAGGAGGAAAAUUACCUGGGUUGUAUGGUGGACAUUCCGGAUGUUCUGGUGGGGACACUGCGACGACAUGUUUUAGUACCAGGCUAAUGUGGAGGGACGAGGGGAGGGGAGAGUUAUAUCUGUACGCGCCAAAGGACAAACAAAGUCCCGAUCUGUGCUCUGAAAACCACACGGUCUGUGAAUCUACUUACGGCAUCUCUAUCGGACGCGGUACAUUCUUGUUCCAACGGGGCAAAUGGACAUAUGUCUCUCAAACUGCUACACUCAACACACCGGGACAGCAAGAUGGAUGCUUCACGUUGGACGUCAAUGGGGAACGGGUUAUUGAUAGGAAGGAUAUAUUUUAUCGGGAUAUCACUUACUGGUCGGAGAGCUCGUCUGGAAGAACUACAGGCAACCCUAGCAAACAGCCUUCGCGAUCGCCCAAGAAGAAUAUACAACAUAUCCCUUCUCACCUCAAAUCCCCACUUGCGAUUCCAUUGCCCUUGGAUAGUCUUGAUCCACCUCCGAAUCCUAAGAUUGGUGGCGGCUUAUUGGGAAUUCUAAGUCGGAACGACAGUCGAAAUGUUGAGCUUGCUCCGGAUGAGCUGUCCAUCCAGGAACCCGAUGACACUCAAACACAUGCUGCUGGGGUACAGGAGUUGGACGACACGGAAGCGGAAAUACGCAAAGUGACCUCUGCGAGCAGUCAGCUGUCUCAAUCUCAGUCCUUCGAGGCUUUAUCUGCGUCAGGUCGUGAAGAUUCUGCGGUGUACGGACUCGAUUUGGUACCUAUCGCAUCCUCACCAACUCACCCUGUUGGGUUCGUUGGGAUAUUCUUCAGUACGUUCUUUGGUGGCCAUCGACCAGACUGGGCUAGCCCGCGCGACCAACAUGUGUGGUUCAAGGAUUUUUCGUUGGUUAACAAUGGCUGA